GCUGUGAAGCGCAUCUACACGUGAGUAAAAUUCGGUCCCUAACGAAAGCUCUAACGCCUCAGCACCACAACACCAAAGAAUACCACCAGGCAGCGGGACAGCAGCCGCCCCUGCCUAGCAACAGUAGUCAAUUUUCUUCUUCCACCAUUCCGGGAAAAAUUGAAAGGGUAGCGGUUCCGCCGUCUGUCGGAUUGCGGAGUGCAUAUCCUACUGCUGGUGCAUCGCCAACCUUCAAGACGGAAGACCCGAGGCAAACGGGGACAGAGUCUCGCGCCACGGGGAGGGAAAAUCCAGUCCCCCCCGCUAGCCGACGCUGGGUCCCUCCAUCCCUGAGACCGCAACAUGGGCUCACCGAAGAGGCCAGAAUUGAUUCGAUUUUUCGAAAAGUUCGUGGUAUUCUAAACAAACUAACCCCAGAGAAAUUCCAGAAACUUAGUGAUGAACUGCUUAAACUAGAUCUGAACUCGUCGAAAAUUUUGAAUGGUGUCAUACUGCUGAUCUUCGACAAGGCUUUAGAUGAACCGAAGUACUCGUCUAUGUACGCACAGCUGUGCAAGCGUAUACAAAAAGAGCUAGAAACCGACAUCGACAAGAGCAAGUCCAGCACCUUCCUGCAAAUUCUGCUGAACGUCUGUCGCGACAAGUUCGAGAAUCGCGUACAGUACAGUGAGAAGAUCAUCAAUUCUGAAAGCACACUUACCGAUGAUUUGGAGGAAAAGAAAAAUGUCGCUAAACAAAAGAUAUUGGGCAAUGUUAAGUUCAUCGGCGAGCUGUAUAAACUCGGCAUGCUGGUCGAAGCUCAUCUGCACAAGAUGCUCCGCUCGCUUUUCACCAACAAAUCUAGCUCAUCGACGGAGAAGAACUGCGAGGACAUGGAAUGUUUGGCCCAGCUCAUUCGGACAUGCGGAAAGAAUUUGGAUACAGAGCUGGGAAAACAGCUGAUGGAUCAGUACUUUGAACGGAUGGAAAAGUAUUCGCAAUCGCAAUCGAUGUUUCCACCGCGCAUCCGGUUCAUGCUGCGCGAUCUGAUCGAGUUGCGUAAGAAUAACUGGACACCGCGAAAGGUGGCUUUGGUCGAGGGCCCUGCACCGAUACAGGAACUGAAUCAUGACGAUGAUGUGCUUCCGCCCGGACUCAAUCACUUGCGAAAUCGAGAUCGCGAUUACCGCAAUAUCGAUCGCAGUGAGCAACGCGAUUGGAUAGGCAAGUUUUCGUUAAAUUUGCAUAAUCUGAACGACGGUUUCAACUUACUCAGUGUGUCCAGCCCAUCUCCGCUGCUUCCAUCAAGCUAUAAUCAAUCGUCAAAUGGCUACGGAAAUCGUGACCAUCGCGAUAAUGGAGGUGGUGGUGGCGGCGGUGGUAACUAUCGCAUGCAUAAUAACCGGAACAACCAGAAUAACUAUGGCAACAACAAUAUGCGUUACAACAAACACAACAACCAUCACCAUCAGGGCAGUGGUGGUGGCGGUAUGAGAGAUGGUGGGAAUGGCUUGCACUCAUCGUCAUACGGUGGAAACUCGGGCAUGAUGAGCAAUAAAGACUUGGCCCCCCGCUUCAAGCGCAAUUUGAUGACGCCUCCGCAGAAUCCUGUCGAGGAGCUACAAAUGCGCCCAACCCCAAAUAGUCUACUGUUUAAAGCUAAUAUGAACAUUAAGCCCCAACUGCCCAUAUCUUCCUCAAUUGGUGGUGGGACUAUUGGAGGUGCAAAGACCAGUUUCAAUGGACCGUCUUUGAGCGAGUUUCCAUCGCCUCUAACAACUCGCACACUGCUUAGCGAGCAGCGUAAUGCAGGCCAAAUUAACAAUAGUGCCUUCCCCGCUGGCAAUAACAGUACGGGCACUGGUGGAAGCUUUGGUGGACCUGCGGGUAGUGCGAUGUCGUCCACUGUUGUCCCACGUCCAGGAACUCAAAGCGACAAUAGCGGCGGUGUCAACAUGAUGACCACGGGCAGAAGUUCUGGGGGGUCUCAACAGCCUGCCAGUCAAACUAUCUCUUCAAAUGUAAUGAACCACCGUCAUCAGCAGCACACUUCACAAGGGCCGCGACAGUUAGGAGGAAACGAAAAUGGAAAUGCGCAUCUGAAUAAACAUUAUACUGAUUUGCAUCAACAACAUCACCAUCACCAUCAGGGUCAACAAAUUUUGCAAGGACCGAUUGGUGAUCAUGGAAAUCGUGAAAUGAACGGAGAUCGUAUGAUGAAUCAUUAUGAAGCACCAUCUCAUAAUCGUCAGCAUAUGGAUCCACUGAAUCCAAGCUUAUUGAAUCCAAUUAGCGGCAUUACUUCAAAUAACAGCUCACUCUUGCUUGGUGGCAAACUAACGCAAAAGGAACAAAUCGUGAAACAAGCUUCUACUGACAAAACCGAAAAGAAAAAGAAGGACAAAGGCAUGAGCAAAGAAGAUCACAUGAAGCGUGUUGUAACUUUCGUGAGCGACGUAAUGUUGGAAAACAUAAAACAGCAAAUUGAAGACGAAGAACAAAAGAAACAUGCUUGCAUAGAAGAAAACGAAGAAAAAAAUGACAUGGAAACUAAGGAUGCAACGGUAAAGGAAGUACUGGUGGAGGUCGUUGAUAAAAAGGAAGAGCAAGCAACAGAACCCUUACCUAAACCGAUCGAAAGCGAACCUGAUCAACUGAUUGAAAAUGCCCAAAUUAUACACGACAAAAUAACUGGACAGGAUGAUACUGUGCCGAAGGAAAGGAAAAUUGAUGAGGAUGAGAAUGAAGCCGCCGACUUGAUGGGCAAUGAAAAGACAGACAUUGGUUCGGAGACUCAAAAGGAUGAGCAUGAUUCGACAACAUUGAACAACCAGCAGCAGGAGCCACUCGCCGAAGCUGAAAACACUGCUGAAAUGAAAGAACGACAAGAAGAUGAUGCCAUUCCCGCUGCAAAUCCGGAAUCGGCGGAACCAUCAGUUGAAAAGCCAGUAGUGAAGAAACUGUCACUAAUGGAAGAGUUGGUGAACGCGUUCUGUGAACUAAAGCUUCCGGAAAAAUUCAUGCGUGAUGCCAUGAUUGCAAUUCUAAAUCAGGUGCUUGAUCGAAACGAUGCGUUCCAUGCUAAGACGAUUGAUUUUUUGCAGAUUCUCAACAAGGAAAGUAAACUGUCUCAUAGCGCUGCUCUGGAAUCGUUCAAAUCGAUUGUCAAUGGAAUGAACGAAAAGGAAAAAACUAUUCCCAAGAUAACUAGCAUCAUUGCGUCACUGUUAGCUAGAGCCGUUGCGGUUAAUCUGUGCGGGCUCGCCGAUGUUGCCAACUUUACUGAAAACGGUCAACAUUAUCCACUGUUUUUGCUCGUUUUGCAACACUUGCACAAACAGCUUGGCAAACAGCCACUUCAAGAACUGUUCAACAAAAGCAAAGUUAAUUUGAUGGCCAGUCUUCCGGAGUGUGAUCGUACCAAGGAUCGUAUGGCUGAAAUUCUGGAAGACCGUAACCUAAACUUCCUGUACCCAUUGUUACGCGUGCAAGCGGAACUGUGGAAGCAGAUUCUGUCGGAUGCUAAUCCACAGCAAUUCUACAAAUGGAUCAAAGAAAACGUCGAAUCAUCAUGUUAUGCAGAGCCAGGUUUUAUCGUAGCUAUUAUGACGGUUCUGCUUAAAUAUAUUCAUCAGGAAUCGGAAAAUUUAAAGGAAGACAAAAAACGCAUCGAAAAAGAGAAGGAAAUUUUAACCAAGUACUGUCCAGUACUGAACGCCUUCCUAAAUGGCAAUAAUGAUCUGCAGUUGACUGCUGUGUAUGCAAUUCAAGUUUACUGGUAUAGCAUUGGCUAUCCAAAAGGUGUUCUUUUGCGCUGGUUCCAAGAGAUGUACGAAUUGAGUGUCAUCGAGGAGGACGCAUUCUUGCGGUACAAGGAAGACGUCACCGAUAUUUAUCCAGGCAAGGGCAAGGCACUGUUCCAGGUUAAUCAAUGGCUCACGUGGUUGGCGGAGGCCGAAGACGAGGAUGACGACGAAGAGGAUUAAAAACAUUAUUGACAACAUUACAGUCGAUCAUCAUAGAAUAAUAAUUAUUCAGCGCGCAUCUUGAUUUGAAAUCAGCAUAAGUACUGCUCUACUGAGGGCUAUUUAUGGACGUAUCUUUGCAUUGCACAGUAGAUGCACCAUAGGAACACUGCUGUUUGGCAUCCUGGUCGUACAAUAAUUCAUGAAUAUUAGGAUUUACUACUUUUUUUUACAAGUGUGCGCUUCAUAGUUGGUUAAUGCUAUUUGCAUCAUUCGCAUCGAAGCGAGAGAAAAGAACGUUGCUUCAUAACGAUGAUUGAGGAUCCGCCUGCCGUGUUCCUCAACUGAUUUUUCUUUUUUUAAUAACAAUUGUGAUCAACUCUCUCCUGCUAGGGUUGCAAUUGAUUAAUUUUAAUAUCGGAAAAUUUGUAUCAGUAUGCAAUAUAUUUUUGUUGUUCUGCCAGAUUCAUCCUGAUUAGACAAUUGUUGAAUAGAAAUUUAACAUAAUACAAUUAUUUCGUCAUCAUUUUCUACACUAAUAAUCAAUGCGUGUGAAAAUAAAUGCACUUAGUAGGGAAAACGUUCUGUUGCUAACUUAUAUUCUACAUGAAAAACACAACAACACCUUGCUACUCCUAUUCUAGAUGGUUGAGCCUUUCUCGCGCGAUUUGAGCUUGGAAAUUAUUUGCUAAUUUUGCUAACAGAAACUACUCUUUUUUGUGUUAUCUAACAACAAUCUUGAACAAAACUUAAUUGGAAGCAAGUAGCAUCGUACCCAUCUUCGCAAUCGAUGGUGAUCCAAAAACGAUUCAAAAGCAGCUAUAAUAAAAUCACUUUAUCUAAAACAAACGUUACUAUCUUCUUGGUUUGAGAUUCGCUGCAACUCCAGGAUAAGGAAUCGUUUAUUUCCACUUUUUUACAAUUGAUGGAAAGAAUAAAGAGUUUCGAAUCGCCAAGGAGAAUAAUACAGAUAUUGAGAGCUCAAUAAUCGAUUCUUUUAUUGCGCUGAUCAUUAAGGCGCUCGUCACAGAUAGUUGACUGUUCUCAAUGUAAAGAUCUAUGAUCGUUAGUGUAGCAAAAUAUCUUAUCAUGCACAUUAAAAAAACGUAAAAAAAUGCGUGCACUUCCCUUCUGUAUGAAAUAUGCGCUCCCCCUUUACAUUAUAUUACAUUUUGCAACCAAUUCUAUCGCAUUACUUUCCGGCGUCCUUCACAAAACUAUACUUUGCAGUAUAUACACAUAUUUUGCAGUGAAAGUAUGCAAAAGCAUAAAUGUAAACUAUCCAAAUGAAACAUCAAGAUUGGCAGAAGAAAAAAUAAAUGGUUUUAUUUAUGAUCCAAUUGAAAUUACGUCGAUCGAAAACAGUUGCAAUGACAUUUUAGCUAAUGAUAAACCCAUCGUUCGUAUUCCAUCCUCUCUACCAGGCAUAUGCAAAUAACAUAUUACUGCAGGGUCAGUUAUUGGAAAACAUUCGGUUUGAUUGUUCAAGUAAUAAAAUAACGUCUAUCAUGCACAACAUUUUGAUGUGCACUGGGACUGGGGGUGCAUUAA